UUGAUGGCCGAGCCUCUGGGGCGGCGUUCCGCCCUCCCGUCCGCCCCGCUCUCCCGCUCCGUCCCCGCCGCUGCCCCCGCCGCGCGCGGAGCGGGGACACGAGCCAUGGAGGAGACGCCGCCCCCGGGCUGCAGCAAGCCGCACCUGGAGAAGCUGACCCUGGGGAUCACCCGCAUCCUAGAAUCUUCCCCAGGUGUGACAGAGGUGACUAUCAUAGAGAAACCACCUGCUGAACGUCAUAUGAUUUCUUCAUGGGAACAAAAAAAUAACUGCGUGCUACCUGAGGAUGUGAAGAAUUUUUACCUGAUGACCAAUGGCUUCCACAUGACAUGGAGUGUGAAGCUGGAUGAGCACACCAUUCCAUUGGGCAGCAUGGCGAUUAACAGCAUCGCAAAACUGACUCAACUCAACCAGUCUUCCGUGUAUUCACUCCCAAAUGCACCAACGCUGGCAGACCUGGAGGAUGAUGCACUUGAAGCCAGUGAGAACCAGCCAGAGAAGCCUCACUUUGAUUCUCGCAGUGUGAUAUUUGAGCUGGAUCCUUGCAAUGGGAAUGGGAAGGUUUGCCUUGUCUACAAAAGAGGGAAACCAGCGUUAGCACAAGACGCCGAGAUCUGGUUCCUGGACAGAGCGUUAUACUGGCAUUUCCUCACCGAUUCCUUCACUGCUUACUAUCGCCUGCUCAUCACGCACCUGGGCCUGCCGCAGUGGCAGUAUGCCUUCACCAGCUACGGCAUCAGCCCACAGGCCAAGCAGUGGUUCAACAUGUAUAAACCCAUCACCUACAACACAGACCUACUUGCAGAAGAGACCAACUGCUUCGUGAACAAGCUGGAUCCCAGCAGAGUGUUCAAGAGCAAGAACAAGACCUUAAUCCCCAAAAAGAAAGGGCCAGUCCAGCCUGCAGGCGGCCAGAAAGGGCCCCCGGGUCCUCCCUCCACCUCUAAAUCCUCUUCUAGCCCUGGAAUCCCUGUCCGGAAAUGAGCACCCCUACCUCCCCGCCAGCCCUACAGCAACGAUUUCCAUGCACAGAUGGCCCAAGCCCCAGAUUCUGUGAGUGGCACCAUAGGCCUCUUCCCAUCUGCGUGAGCCAAAUCCUAGGCCUUUUACUCCCGUUGGCAUUAGCCAGGAGUUCAAGGGCGUACUCAGGUCUCCCCUAGAGUCCUUUCCUCAGCCCUUGCCUCUGAAAGCUGUGGAGAGUUUCAGAACUUGUUUAAGUAGUUAAAUAGAGCUGCUAAGAGCUUCCUCUCUUUCCACCCCCAACCAUCUACACCCCUCAGCAGUGAUCAGAGAAAUCCCCCGAAGAAACCACUGAUUUUGACCCAUGAGGCAUUAGAACUGUGCUGUUCAGUUGGUAAUCACUAGCCACAGGUGGCUGUAUAAAUUAAAAACUCAGUUCGUCAAUUGCAUUAGCCACAUUGUGAGUAUUCAUGUGGCUAAUAGCUUCUGUAUUCAACAACAGAGAUAAUGGGACAUUUCCAUCAUCACAGAAAGUUCUGUUGGGCAGCACUGCAUUAGAAUAUUUUCAUGCUGCCCUUACUCAGAUCAGUUCAUUUUUGUUAGAGAAUGUGGAUACCUUAAUUUGAUGGGUCAUAAUGUUCCAUGGAAAUUCUUGAAGGUACAAUUGUGUAUGUUCUUUUUAUUUUUCAUAAUUCUCACUGGUCCUUUUCAGUUUCCUACAAAAUUUGUUGUUUCCAGUUUUGCAGUGUGAUGUUUUAUACAUUGCCAAAAUUAUCUUAGUUUUUUGUUUUUUUUUUUUUUUAAAGGACGUAAUUCUCUACUUGAACCAUUUAAAAACAAAAAACAAACUCCCAAGCAUUGUUUUACAGGACUCCGCAUAAAGAGUUCUUAUGAAACCACUGUUGACAAGAGCUUUCCACCUGCCCUGCCUACUCCCAGCUCUCAGCAAUUCAUGGAGUGGCAGAAAGGGACAAAGAGGGACCAAGCUAUCAAGGAUAACAGCUCAAGUUUAGUCUAUUAGAAGAAUUUUUCUGCCAGAACUGAUCAAAUGAAAGGGAGAGCCAACAGCACCAGAUCAGUGAGUCCAGCAUGUGGCUGCUGGUCCAAGACCAGUCAAAGGUAGAAGGGGAUUGAGCAGGCGGGUCACCGUCUACUACGCAAGCCAGCCUCUCGUGCUGAUGCAUCGCCUGAAUCCCUUUGGAGUCAGUCCUGGCCCUGUGCUAGUUUUCACAGGUACAGCCGCAGAGGAACCGGAGUGCAGCACUGCCCUUCAUAUCACUGGCAGUCCUCAAAAGGCUAUAGAAUAGAGAAGGAGGGGGCUCCGCAAAGGUAAGGAGAGCAGUGAAGAGCCGGGCUGGCUACCUGAGUGCAGGACCCGGUGCCAAACAAAGAUGGGGGGCCUCGUGUCCAAAAAUUAGGAAAAUAGUACCAUUAAAAGUACUAAAAUGUUCUCCCUUUCUUCCAUGGUCUCUCUCACAUCUUGUUGUGGGUUUUUACUUGCUACUUAGUGCUGUCCUAAGUAACGAAAAAUUUAAAUUCUAAAUCAUUAGCAUUAAUUUUAUUCCUCUUUAUAGUACACCAUUCCAGUUUUAAAUGCAACUAGAAGAGCAGAGAACUCAUGCAGAAUCACCAAAAUUAAACAAGUUACAUUUCAUAGCUUAUGUAUAUAUGUGGUAUAUAUAUGUAUUUUGUCCUUAUUAGGCAACACUGCAAAAAAAAAAAAACCUCGCUCAACUAUUAUUUCACUUCUUGAUACGUACACAUUCUAUCAACACUCUUGCAGCUUACUGAUGAGUAAGGAAGGGCUAAAAGAAAAACUAGGAGCUGCCCUAUGUUUUCUUUUUUCCUAAGUCGUCAUUUUCAGCAGAUGUGGGUGGCUAACGAAGGAAAAUGACACGAGUAAAAUAAAAACUUAAAAGUAACAUGAGUAGAAAAAAGAUAUGACUAGGUUCCGCGGUCAUUCGUGCUUCUUAGAAUGCCAUUACCUUCUUUUCGCAUUCAAAUCAAGUCUGGUUCAAAUAGAAAGCACGGCCUCUUGGGGCUCUCAGUGCCCCCACUUACUCAGUUGUAGGAAUAACUUGCUUAUGCUUGGAAUCUCUUCUCAACCGGGCCAUGGUGGGUCUGCUGGAAUUCUGUGCACGCUGGCACCACCAUGGUGCUAAGUGAAUGGGGGGGGGUGGGGAACAGCGGACACACUGCAUGGAUCUCCUCUGCUCCUGUGUGCCUGCCUUUGUCUUACCAGACUUCACUUACAAAACACAAGUUCAAAGACAAAAUUAAGAACUUCAGACAGUGACAGGAGAGCAUUCAACCACAUGUGAGGCCCACUAAGUGUGGGGCCCUCUGUGCCGACUCUGGCCGUGUGCCUGUGAAGCCGCCCCCAAGAAGGAAGAAGGGAGCUCUCCUGGUGAAAGACACAGACAACCUGUAAGCGGAGUGUGCUACGUGGGGAGAAAACUCACCCGUGAGAUUUAUGUUUCGAAACUAAAGCAAUUUAAAUGGCAAGAGGUUCUACUGUAAAUCAGCUGCCCAAGAAAAAGAGAACUAUGCUGGAAUCACAAAAUGAGAAUAAGUGGCAGAAUGCCUCACGAUGCACUGAUGUAGUUAAGAUUGUGCAUAAAGUGCCACAUCCUCAUGCUGCUUGAGUCCUAUAGCAGGGAAGUACCCAAGCCAAGGACAGGACUGAUGGGGGGCUACUUGCACAUAAUAACCCAUAGGAUCUAUCCCUUGAAGCUGUGCCUCCCCAAACUUGAACAUACAUCAGUGUCACUGGACUUGUGUGUAGAAAAUCAGAUACAUUUUCAAAUCCCACUCCAGACCCACUAAAUCAAAAUUGCAAGGAAAUAUCAGGACUCUUACUCAACUGUAAUUGUGACAAUAACGCUUACCAAAUCUGAAGCUUUCUACUUCGUGGGUCUAAGUGGUUGUGCUUUCACUGCAUGGAGAAGAACUCUAAAUCUGUUUUUCAUCUAGAAAAGCAUGUACGAUGAUUGGAACGGAAGGACCAAGGGACCCUGUGUGAAUAGUAUUUUUUAAACCUUUUAUUGUGGAGAAUUUUAAAUAUUUACAAAGAUAGGUAGAAUAAUGAACCCAUGGAUACAUCACCCAGUUUAAGCAGUUCUUAAGA